AUGUCUUCUAAACGUAUAAUCAUUCCCAGAGGACACACCGAGCCUUCGCCCAAGAGAGUACGAGUCUUGUUCGGGGGAACGUACAUUGUCGAUACACGAAAGGCGAAGUUAGUAUGGGAAAAGCCAUUCUAUCCAACAUAUUUCUUCCCCCACGACGCCCUUGAUACGAAAUACCUACAAGAAAGCAGUAGCUCCAGCUACUCAGGCAAGAUAUACGACAUAGUCGUCGGAGAUCGUCGCGCGGAGGGUGCGGUCACGAAGUACUUUCAGACGGAUGGCGAGGAUGGUAAACUUGCUGGGUUACUGAGGAUUACGUUCGGGGCGAUGGAUGCAUGGUUUGAGGAGGAUGAGCAGGUGUUCGUGCACCCCAAGGAUCCCUAUAAGCGCGUCGACGUUCUGCAAUCCUCGAGGCACGUCCGCGUGGAAGUGAACGGAGUGGAAGUAGCAAACACGCGGAGCCCGGCAUUGUUGUUCGAAACGGGCUUGCCUGUGCGCACAUACAUCAAGAAAACCGACUGUAGGGUCGAUAUAUUCCUUCCCUCCGAGUUAACGACGCAAUGCCCGUACAAGGGCACAGCUAAUUACUACCACAUUCGUGCUGGUCAAGAGUUGGCGAAGGAUAUUGUGUGGUGGUACCAGUCACCGAUCCUGGAGGUUGCUGCGAUCAAAGGAUAUGUGGCGUUUUACGACGAGAGAGUGGAUGUUUGGGUAGAUGGGGAGAAGCAGGAGAGGCCUGUCUCGCACUUUGUUUGA